AUGCAUGAGGCGAGAAACAACCCCGACCAUUCCUCGAGCGACAUACACCAUCUUCGGAGCACGCACGACAUUCUCGCGAAGAGCCCGAUCGAAAGCUCCCGCGCGGCUGCACACGCGAUUCGAGAGGGGGAGCUGGAGCAUGCGAUAGAGCUGCUGGAGCAUGGCCGGUCCGUCGUUUGGCAGCAGACGCUACGGCUUCGGCCGUCGAUGGACAAGUUGUACCAGGUUUCGCCUGCCCUCGCGGGUCGACUGUCCAAGACGAUAGGUGAACUCGACGGCAUCAUGCGCACACAAUCUAUGACCUACACGUUUGCCACAAUCGACAGCAUCGGGGAUCCUGGUCGCACGGAGCGGCACCACCGCGAGCUCGCGGAGAGGUACGAGGACUUGCUUGCUGAAGUGAGAAGGCUGGACGGGCUCGGCGAGUUCAUGCGAUUGAUGAGAUUUGCGGACCUGGAGGGGAUCGCGCGCGAUGGGCCGGCCGUGGUCGUGAACCUAUGCGAAAACCGCUGCGACGCGCUCGUGCUGACAGCCGCUUAUGACAUCCACCACGUCCCUCUGUCCGACGCAGACUUUCGGCAGCUCAAAUGCGCGCAAGAAGAGUUGGCGUUCGCUGCGGGGUCUCUGGAGGAAGAACCCGCUGCGGACACCAUGCGCACCAUGGACUCUGUGCUUUUGAAUACCUUGCGACUUCUCUGGAAGACGAUCGCCAAGCCCGUAAUCGAAGAGCUACGUGCGCUCGAUCCCAUCGCGGAGUGUCUGUUCUGGUGCAUGGCUGGGGCGGCAGACAUGCCCAUACACGCGGCGGGAGCAUACGAAGACGGGUGCUUGAAUUUGCCCGACAUCGUCGUGUCGUCGUACACGCCUACACUCGCGGCCCUCCUCCGCGCGAGGAAGUUCGCAGGAGCUGAGUCUGCCAGGAUCCUAGCCGUGGCCCAGAGCGAAACGGCCGGGUUUUGUGAUCUGCCUUGCGCAAAGACAGAGAUCGAGGUUCUGCAAGAAUAUGCGUCUCUUCCUGUGACCGCGCUCGUCGACGGUGCGGUCUCGUCAGCCGCUGUGCUAGGCGACCUGCGGGCGCACAGCUGGGUGCACCUCUGCUGCCACGGGACCAUCGACGCUCAACAGCCGUUGCUGAGCACGUUUCACCUGGGCCACGUCGGGCAUCUGUACAUCGAGGCCCUGAUGCAGGCGCAGCUGCCGCAGGUGGACUUUGCAUACCUGAGCGCGUGCCACACGGUGGUGGGAUCUGUCGCGCGGAGCGAGUCGAUGAGCCUGGCGGCGGCGCUGCAGGUGACGGGGUUCAGGUCGAUCAUGGCGAUGAUGUAUUCUAUCGGGAGCGAUGACGGGCCUGUUGUGGCGAGGGAGGUGUACAAGUACAUGUUCCGAGACGGCACCCGGGCUGCACGGUCGUCUGACGCGGCCGUUGGGGUGCACCGGGCGGCGCGCACGCUGCAGCGGUCGGGGGCGCAGCUGUUCCGCUGGGUAAGCGAUCCGCGAUGUUGGGUGGGAAAGUGA